UCUCUGCAGUGCGAAUCGCGUCCCCCGGCCAGCUGCUGCUCACCCUGGAGGAGAAAAAGAAAUCCCUGCUCGGUGGCGGUGGCGGACGUUUUUUGCUGGACAACAUGAAGAGCAAGUUGGAAAUCGACAAGGUGAUCGAGCAACUUCUCAACGCGAGGAAGAAAUAUGAGAAAACGCCGUCGACCACAAAAGAGCUGUCGGCGCGUCUCAGCGAGAGCACGAUUCGCCAAAUGAUCGCCGCGUGCCGCGAGGUGACGAUGGAGCAGCCUGUGUUGCUGGAACUCGAGGCGCCCGUGCACAUAGUUGGGGACAUCCACGGGCAGUACCUCGACUUGCUACGUCACUUCGACAAGCUGGGCUACCCGCCGGACUCCAACUACCUAUUCCUCGGUGACUACGUCGACAGAGGGAAGUAUUCUCUGGAGACGAUAUGCUUGCUCAUGGCUUACAAGAUAAAAUAUCCAAAGAACUUUUUCCUCCUGCGCGGCAACCACGAGUGCGCCAGUAUUAACAGGAUUUACGGCUUUUACGACGAAUGCAAACGGAGGUACUCAGUGAAACUGUGGAAGACCUUCACAGACCUUUUCAACUGCCUGCCAAUAGCUGCCAUCAUCGAGGGAACAAUUUUCUGCAUGCACGGCGGCUUAUCUCCGGAACUAACAGACUUAAAACAGAUCAGGGCAAUUACGCGACCGGUGAACGUCCCUGACAGUGGCCUUUUGUGCGACCUUCUCUGGUCCGACCCUGACGAGCGCGUGUCUGGCUGGGCCCCUAACGACCGGGGAGUGAGUUACGUUUUUGGAGGCGAGGUGGUGCGCAAUUUCCUACAGCAGCACGAUCUCAGCCUCAUCGUGAGGGCUCACCAAGUGGUCGAGGAUGGCUACCAGUUUUUCCAACAACGUUCUCUGGUAACACUAUUUUCUGCCCCUAACUAUUGCGGAGAAUUCGAUAACGCCGGCGCUGUGAUGGGAGUAUCAGAGGAUCUCACUUGCUGGUUCAGUGUACUGCCGCCCGACAAGAAGAAAGUUUUCAUCAAAUACUACAAGUAGAGCGCAUUCCACUUCAGUUGAUGACAAUGAGGAUUGGGAAACCAGAUUUUCAUUCCAUCAAUGAUUUUUUAUUUUUAUCAAAAUCUUGUUGAAAAGUAUACUAAGUUGUGAACCUAGUCUUUUAUUCAAUUAACAAUUAACGUGUAAGUUUAAACCGUAAAUUAAUGCAUUUUGUGCCAAACGCAAGCACAUUUUAAUUGUAAAAGCACCAAAAGCAUUUACACCUAUAGUUUUCAUUGAUUCGGUGAAUCUUUCCGAAUAAUUUGCUGUGGGAGUUUGUGGGCAAAAAAGUGUUAAUGUGAUAUAAAAAAAAACAGUACAUAGUGCUUUCAUAUUUAAAUUAAAGGACAAAAUAUUGUAAAAUGCACCCUUGACUAGAAAAUUAUUUGUAAAUCAUUUUUUGAACAGGAUUUCUUUUUCUAUCAGUUGGUGUUAGGAAAAUAAUGCUGCUCCAAACAUUUAGAGAAUCCACAGUGUCUUAGAGUGCUAUAACUGUGAUUAGUGUAUAAACAACAAAGUAGUAAAUAAUUUUGCCGCAGAAGAGCAUGAGAAAGUUGGAGAAUAACACACUUUCUUGCUCUUAAUAUCGACGAACAAAUUAAAUUAGUCCAGACGUAAUAACGAUACAGAAAAGCAAAGCGUAAUUUAACACCACAGAAAUGUUAUAACUUGUAGUAAAAAUGCUUGAUUAACCAAAUCGUGCACGCUUUAAUCAGUAUAAGUAUUGUAUCGAUUUUUGAAAUAUCUUUGAAUAAAAGUAACAAGUUUUCU